UAUACAUACUGUAUUGGAAGAAGCUCUAUAUUGAAUAAUACUCCUGAUGACCAUGACUCCCCAGAAUGCUGACUCGAAUACUAUGCAAGUGGAGAUUCUGCCAGUGGCUCAGCUCAGGAAGAAGCAGGGCGAGGGCAGGGAAAGCGACAGCCGGGAGGAUGCGGGGAGCGAAGCCUCCAUAGACAGGAUCCCUAUGCGGCACUGGGUGAUGCAUGGGGCAGUGAUGUUUGGACGGGAGUUCUGCUAUGCCAUGGAGACGGCCCUCGUCACGCCAGUUCUGUUGCAAAUCGGUCUUCCAGAACAGUACUACAGCUUGACGUGGUUCCUGAGCCCCAUCCUGGGGCUGAUCUUCACUCCCCUGAUCGGCUCUGCCAGCGACCGCUGCACCUUGCCAUGGGGUCGCAGGCGGCCGUUUAUCCUGGCACUCUGCAUCGGUGUCCUCCUGGGGGUGGCACUGUUUCUCAACGGGUCAGUUAUAGGUUUGGCCGUCGGAGAUGUUCCCGGUAAGCAGCCCAUUGGUAUAGUCCUGACCGUGCUGGGCGUGGUGGUGUUGGAUUUCUCUGCCGAUGCCUCGGAGGGGCCAAUCCGGGCUUACCUGCUGGAUGUGGCAGACACAGAGGAACAAGACAUGGCCCUGAACAUCCAUGCCUUCUCUGCUGGUCUGGGUGGAGCUGUGGGGUACAUGCUGGGGGGUCUGGACUGGACUCAGACCUUUCUAGGGCAGGUCUUCAAGUCUCAAGAGCAGGUCCUGUUCUUCUUUGCUGCUAUCCUGUUCACCGUGUCGGUGGGCCUCCACCUGUUCAGCAUCGAGGAGGAGCAGUACACCUCCCUGCAGGACCGGCUGGACGAGGAGGCUGAAGCCACGGGCUCCAUCAAGCUCAACGGCAACCUGGGGGCCCAAGCACCGCCCUGCCCGGAGGAUAUGGGAGGAGAUGAUCACUUCCGCUUCUACGACGAGGUGCGCUCGGAGCCCGACCUGGACAUGGAGUUCCUGGACGUGGGGAUCGUGAGGAGCAAGAGCGACUCCGUGCUGCACGUCAUGGACGCCACGCUGGAGACGGAGCCUGAGCUGCUGUUCCUACGGGAGAUUGAGCCCUCCAUCUUCCAGGACCACCUGUCCUCCUACCAUGGCACCCCGGCACGCAGCAGCAGCAGCGUCUGCAUCAGCAGCAGCCAGGAUGUUCUCCGGACCAGGUUCUGCCGGCUGUCUGCUUUCCUGCAGGAGAGCGAGAGCAAUAGGGAUGGGGUGGAAAUGAUGCUGGACAACCAGCUGAAUGAAGCCAAGGCGCCCGACCAGAACGGCAUUCCAUUCAGCAGCAGCAGCAAGGGCUUCACCGAGCACACCCGAAGCGGAAUGAAGCAGUCGAGCACCUCGGCCUCCAUGCGCCGCCGCCGCCACAUGUUCUACCGGCAGCCCUCCUACACCUUCUCCUACUAUGGCAAGGUGGGCACUCACCGCUACCGCUACCGGCGUGCCAACGCUGUGGUGCUCAUCAAGUCCUCCCGCAGCAUGAACGACAUCUACGACAUGCAGAAGCGGCAGAAACGACAGCGGCAGCGGCUGAGGCACCAGAGCGGGAACACCAACUCCAGUGGGGACACGGAGAGCGAGGAGGGUGAGACGGAGACCACCGUGCGGCUGCUCUGGCUCUCCAUGCUCAGGAUGCCCCGCCAGCUCCUGCGCCUCUGCCUCUGCCACCUCCUCACCUGGUUCUCCAUCAUCGCCCAGGCCGUCUUCUACACCGACUUCAUGGGCCAGGUCAUCUACGAGGGGGACCCGCAGGCUCCCACAAACUCCACCGAGCUGCGUAACUACCACAAUGGAGUGCAGAUGGGCUGCUGGGGGCUGGUCAUCUAUGCAACCACGGCUGCAAUGUGCUCAGCCAUGCUACAGAAGUACCUGGACAACUACGACCUCAGCAUCAAGAUCAUCUACAUCCUGGGCACGCUGGGAUUCGCCAUUGGCACGGCAGUGAUGGCCGUCUUUCCCAAUGUCUACGUAACCAUGGUGAUGAUCAGCACCAUGGGCAUCAUCUCCAUGAGCGUGUCCUACUGUCCGUAUGCCCUGCUAGGCCAGUACCAUGAGAUCGAAGAGUAUAUCCACCACAGCCCAGGCAACUCCAGACGAGGCUUCGGAAUCGACUGCGCCAUCCUAUCCUGCCAGGUGUACAUCUCCCAGAUCCUGGUGGCCUCGGCCCUGGGCGGGGUGGUGGAGGCGGUGGGCAGUGUGCGGGUCAUCCCAAUGGUGGCAUCAGUGGGGUCCUUCCUGGGCUUCCUUGCCGCCACAUUCCUCGUCAUCUACCCGCAGACACCGAGCACCGACGAGCCCAAGGAAGAGCAACAAGAGGCGCUGGCCCUGCCCGUCGGCUCCCAUGCCCUGGAGAAGCCCACCCUCGUGAAGCUGACCCACAAAGGGACCGCCAAGUCCUGCGAUUUGGAAUGCGAGUCCACGCUGUGAACUGAAGGUGCAGAGAAGGGCGCAGGAUUUAAUGUAUAUAACCAAUGGAAACAUUUCAAAUGCAGAAUUAGUAAAAUGCAACACAUACUGCAUGGUUUUGAAAGAAUGUUCAGCUACGGAAUGAAAUCAUUCAGUUCUAUUUCCACUGUGGCUGCAUAGUCUUUAAAUUUCAGUGGAGUGGGGGAUCUCUCUGCAUCUUCUGUAGCAGAGUCUGUUUGGGUUAGGGAUCUCUUGGAAGGUGACGUCUGAUAAAUAUUUAAAAUUAGAAAUGUUGGCACUUUAAAAAACAAAAAACUAAAAAACCAUAAAGAAAUGUAAACAACAAUGUUUUUCUAAAUUAAUUUGAGGAAUCAACAGUUUGAAUUGCUUAUGCAAGUUUUGUGGUUGCAUGUGUCGUUGCAUGGGGUGGUGCUUGUUUUGUUUUGUGGUUGCAUGUGUCGUUGCAUGGGGUGGUGCUUGUUUUGUUUUGUGGUUGCAUGUGUCGUUGCAUGGGGUGGUGCUUGUUUUGUUUUGUGGUUGCAUGUGUCGUUGCAUGGGGUGGUGCUUGUUUUGUUUUGUGGUUGCAUGUGUCGUUGCAUGGGGUGGUGCUUGUUUUGUUUUGUGGUUGCAUGUGUCGUUGCAUGGGGUGGUGCUUGUUUUGUUUUGUGGUUGCAUGUGUCGUUGCAUGGGGUGGUGCUUGUUUUGUUUUGUGGUUGCAUGUGUCGUUGCAUGGGGUGGUGCUUGUUUUGUUUUGUGGUUGCAUGUGUCGUUGCAUGGGGUGGUGCUUGUUUUGUUUUGUGGUUGCAUGUGUCGUUGCAUGGGG